AUGGACAUUGCAUCCUUACCUAUUCAGGGAGAAGCUAGUGGUAUUCUUAGAGCUAUGAGAACCUUUGAGUUUGUGUUUUGUUUGAUUAUGAUGGAUAAAGUCAUGAAAGUCACAGAAGUACUUUGUCAAGCAGUACAACGAAAAAACAUUGACAUUGGAGAAGCAAUGAAGUUUGUUCAAUGUACAAAAGAAAUUCUACAAGAUAUGAGAGAUGAUGGUUGGGAUGAUUUAGUUAUGGUUCUUGCAUAUUUUUGUGAGAAACAUGAUAUUGUUAUGCCUGAUAUGAGUGCUCGUUGGUUUGAUGGCACGGGUCGUCCAUGUCAACAAAAGAAUUUCAUCACCAAUGAGCACCACUUCCAUGUAGAGGUAUUUAAUGCGGUACUUGACUUUCAAUUAAGUGAGCUAAAUAAGAGGUUCAAUGACAGAUCUUGUGAACUCCUUAUGCUCACUUCAACCUUAGAUCCUCAUGAUAAGUUCAGCCUCUUCGAAACUCAAGAGGUACUCCUUGCUAAGAAUUUUUAUCCUCAAGAUUUUAUGCAUGAUGACCUUCUUACUUUGGAAUUGGAGUGUGCAUAUUAUAAGAAGGACAUGAAUCACGAUGUAGUAUUUCACACCUUAGAUUCUUUGUCUGAUCUAUGUCGGCUACUUGUACAAAGAAGAAAAUUAGACUUUGAUCCUAUGAUCUAUAGGUUGAUUUGUUUGGUGUUAACUCUUCCUAUUUCUACUGCAACAACUGAGAGAGAUUUGUCAUCCAUGAACAUUAUCAAAAACAAACUCAGAAACAAGAUAGAAGAUGAUUUUCUUGAUGAUUGCAUGGUGCUUCACAUUGAAAAAGAAUUUGCUGAAGAGGUUGACAAUGAUUAUGUGAUUCAAGAGUUUGAAGCUUUGGCUACUCCUAGAGUUAAGUUUAGUUAG